GUUAAACUAUAAUCUGCCCUUCAUAUUAUUGCAAUGUUACUCACAGCUGUCUUGUUGUGUUUAGUGGCUGCGGUGACUAGUUCACCGCAUGCUGAUUUUAUAGAAGAUCUGUACAGAGAUUCUAAAUUCAGUGCAAGGAUAUCUGAUAAUAUUCUCGAAGACGCCUCUUUGGACGUGCCCGAUCUUGUCAGGAAGUAUCGGUAUCCUUUGGAAGAGCACUUCGUUAGGACCGAAGAUGGGUACAUACUGGGAGUGCACCGCAUACCUCACGGUCGGGACCGCAACAACGUCCCUGGUCCCAGGCCGAUAGUGUUCGUGAUGCACGGCCUAUUUUCUUCCUCCGCAGACUGGGUCUUGGCUGGUCCUGGUUGUGGGUUUGCUUACAUAUUGGCAGAAGAAGGAUUUGAUGUUUGGCUGGGUAACGCGCGUGGCAACUACUACUCUCGUCGCCACGAGCGACUGAACCCUGACGCUAUCCUAAGUACCGCUUUCUGGCAAUUCUCCUGGGAUGAAAUCGGAAACAAAGACUUGCCAGCGAUGAUCGACUAUGCCCUCGCUCACACCGGGAGGGACAGGCUUCACUACAUCGGACAUUCACAAGGCACCACAUCAUUCUUUGUUAUGGGCUCGCUGCGGCCAGAUUACAAUCAGAAAAUUAUUUCUAUGCAUGCGUUCGCUCCCGUCGCAUACAUGGCGCAUAAUCAAAAUCUUCUCUUAAAGGUGCUCUCACGUUAUGCUGACAAUAUUGAGUUUGCUCUCUCCCUUAUUGGAGUUGGAGAAUUUUUCCCGAACAAUAAUGUUAUGACAUGGGCUGGCCAGGCUUUAUGUAUGGAUGAAGUCACAUUCCAGCCUUUAUGUAGUAAUAUACUUUUCCUUAUGGGUGGAUGGAGCGAAUGUCAACAUAAUGCCACAUUGUUCCCUAUAAAGUUGGGACACACCCCGGCCGGCGCCGCAUCCAGGCAGCUAGUGCACUACGCUCAAGGCAUCUCUGGCAAGGAGUUCCGUCGCUACAACCACGGCAGUUGGUUGGCCAAUAGGCGCGCGUACGGCAGUAUAAACCCUCCUCGGUACGACCUUUCUCGGAUCACGACACCAGUGUUCCUACAUUACUCGGACAGCGAUCCUCUGGCUCACGUCAGUGACGUAGACAGACUGUUCCGCGAACUUGGCAGACCUAUCGGAAAAUUCCGAGUCCCGCUAGCAACAUUCAGCCACAUAGACUUCAUGUGGGGCGUCUCUGCUAAGGAACUGCUUUAUAUGAGAACUAUCAACCUUAUUAGAUCAAUGGAUGUUAACGGCUUUGUGGAUGAAAAAGAUUUGACUGACGAAUAACUUUGUACCUCUAAAAUAAAAAAAACA